AUGACGUCCCUUCGCAUUCCCGAAGCCAGCUCGGUGCGUUCUUCUUCGGGCUCUUCCCCUCUUGUUGGCUAUCGCCACUCCAAUGGGCUCUGCUACCAACUCCGGGCACCUCCGAGGGUAGGCCCCCCGGUGAGAACUUCGGCGGCUCCCGAGCUCACGAAGCGGCUCUCGACGCCUGGGCACCCGGGAGCUGAGACACGGAGACGGCACGUGCACACCGACGCAGGGCUGUCUGCCGCCACUAAUGGGCAGCUGGCGUUCCUAAGUGGGGAAGGAUUGGUGAUCUACCCUAAGAUUGGUGACAAGCUCGACAUCAUCUGCCCACGGGCAGAGGCCGGCCGGCCCUACGAAUACUACAAGCUCUAUUUGGUGCGCCUGGAGCAGGCAGCGGCCUGUAGCACUGUGCUGAACCCCAAAGUGCUGGUCACCUGUAACCAGCCUGAGCAGGAGAUCCGAUUUACCAUCAAGUUCCAGGAGUUCAGCCCCAACCACAUGGGCCUGGAGUUCCAGAGGCAGCAGGAUUACUAUAUUACAUCCACGUCCAAUGGGAGCCUGGAAGGGCUGGAGAACCGAGAGGGAGGCGUGUGCCACACUCGGACCAUGAAAAUCGUCAUGAAGGUCCAGCAGGAUCCUAACGCCGUGGUACCUGAGCAGCCAACCACAAGCAGGCCAAGCAAGGAGGCGGACAACAGGGCCAAGGUGGCCACGCAGCCACCCCGAGGGCGGGGCCCCUUUAGCGAUGACAGCAGUGGCAAACGGGAGUCUGGAAGCCAGGAUGGUAAGAGCCCCAGCAGCAGCAGCAGUGGUGCUGGGGGCGGGGCGGACGGCUUCUUCAGCUCUCGAGUGGCCGUGUUUGCAGCCAUCGGGGCAGGCUGUGUCAUCUUCCUUCUCCUCGUCAUCUUCCUCACCGUACUGCUCCUGAAGCUGCGGAAGCGGCACCGCAAACACACGCAGCAGCGGACGGCAGCCCUGGCCCUCAGCACCUUGGCCAGCCCUAAAGGCAGCGGCUCGGCGGGCACGGAGCCCAGUGACAUCAUCAUCCCCUUACGGACUACAGAGAACAACUAUUGUCCUCACUACGAGAAGGUGAGCGGGGACUACGGGCACCCCGUCUACAUCGUCCAGGAGAUGCCUCCCCAGAGCCCCGCCAACAUCUACUACAAGGUCUGAGGGCCCCGAGCUGGGGCAGCUGGCCGCAAGCGAUGGGCACCAGCCUGGACGGGCAUACCCUUCCCAUGCCAGCCAGGCCCUGAUUUGGGUAUAUAGGUUUUUAGCUUCUUGGCUUUUAGAAUUCCCUGCCCUCCUGUCUCAGGGGCGGGUAAGAGGGCAGGGGUGUGCCCUUGGGAAGCACCCUCCUGUCUCUCUCCCCUCUGUUCUUGUGCCUUCCUCAUCCCAUGCCCCGCCUGGGCCUCUGGCCUCCUUCAGGGCACCCCCUCGACCCUGGUGCCAGCUCCCUGGGCGUUCCCCAGCUGGUGGCAGGGCUGGACAUUGGAUAGCAGUUGGCACCUGGCCCUGCCCUCUCCUCCAUGUCACACCCACCCCAGACUCUCUCUGCCCACCUUCGGCCACCGUGGUUUUCUCGAACUCUGCUCGGUUUUAACUGUCAAUUUGUCGUGUUUUGAAGAAAAAGCAAAAGGGGCCAAGAGAACAAAGGAAAGCCAGUGAAAGGAGCCCCCCAGCCCCCAUCAUCCCAUCCCAGCUGCUCCGAUGGAGUAGAGUGACAUUUCUCUGGCUAAGCUCCUUGGCGUUUGUGGAGGGGGUCAGGCCAGGGCUGACCACCCCCAUGUGGCGAGUGGAGGAGCUUGGGAAGUGGAGCCCGGAGCCCACCCAUCUGCAAAACUGGCCUGAGAGUUGGAAUCCGGGGCCCUGCUUGGAUUUUUUUUUGGGGGGGGGAUCAUCCCACCCUCUGCUCCCCUCCCCAAAUCCCUUCCUUGUGGGAUUCUUGGGCAGCUCCUGCCUCCCUCACUCUCACGGUAAUUAGUGUCUUAAUUGGCUGUUGCUAGGGCAACAGGAGAGCUGCAGGCAUUGUGACCUCAUUGGGGGGGUGGGGUGCACAGGUGGCUAUUUGCCCUGGAGAACUGGGAGUUUCCCUUCUCCCCCUUCCCCCUCACUCUCAGCAUCGCUCUUCCUCCAACCCAGGGGUUCUGCUACCCUCUUUGAGCCGUAGCAGGUGUGUGAGCCAGAAGCCCGAGCUCUGCCCACCCCCUGUUCCUCCAGCCUUGGAACAGAUGCUACUACUGCCUGCCUGCUGCCCAGGGCCUCUGGCCUGAGACGGGCCCUGCGGCCCGGGCCACACGCGGGCCUCCCCCUGCUCAUUGCCCUGUUGGGGGCUGGGCUGCUGCUCAGCAGAGGGGCCGAGGGGUCUGGGCUUUCCAGGGUUCCUGCCUCUGCCUCUCGGCUCGGGCUCGGCUCCACUCCACUCCCCAGGGAUGAGUCAGGGGCUGGGGUGGGGCACCCAGCCAUCCCCCCACCCCCUCACCCCCGUGUUCCAGGCAGAAGUUUGUGUCUUUGUUUCUGUUUAUGUAAAUACUAGUCUUUUUGGAAGAAAACCUGUAAAGAUGUUUUGUACAAACAAUUAUUUUCUUGUUGCUUUUUCUUAGAAAAAAGAGAACUAAAAAAAUUAACCAC